GUCAAGAAUACGGAGACUGGUGACGUAUUAUCACUUCAGCAAUGACUUCAGCGAAGGGUUACAAUGGACCCUGAGAACUGCUGUUUAAAUCAAGACUGAAAUAUGGUAGAUACAACACAAAACAAGUCUUAUUUCUUUGAUGAAGAGGCAGGAUGGGGUAAUAGAUCUUACUUCACAUUUUUCUCCGAAUUCAAUCGACCAUGGAAAGGACUGUCUUAUUUAGAAUCUAUCAUAUAUAUCGUGUUAUUUCUAGUAUCAAUGUUUGUAAAUAUCCUCAUCUUUUACCAAAUAAUCAAUAUUAAAAGCACACGAACAGUGACAAAUUACUUCAUGUGUAACUUGGCUUUAGCGGACAUCUUCUUUACUCUUACAAGUCCUUUAAUAGCAAUACAACGCAUAACUGAAACAUGGGUUCUGGGCGGAUUUAUUUGUCAUAUGAUGGUUUUCAAUUUAUUUGUUUCCGGUUGCGUCAUUAUUUGGACCAUGACGAUGAUAAGUAUUGACCGCUAUAUAUGUAUAAACAGACCAUCAUCAAAGAAAAUUACACCUAGAAUGGCAAUCGUUUUCAUAAUAAUAAUUUGGAUCGGUGGAUUUUCGGUAUCAUCGCCCAUUGCAAUGUAUUUUGUCAUUCGACAAUUCCCGUUCGGAACAGAAACUGUAAAAAUCUGUACACUUAUUUGGCCGGUAUCUAAGGUCAGGAUAUCCGUCGUUUUCACCGUUUUUCUAUGUGCAUUAGGAUUUUUAAUUCCGUUGGCUAUUCUCGGAUUGAACUAUUUUCUCAUAUUGAAAAGAUUCUGUAAAUCUAGACGAGCAAUAGCUAGCAUCAAAGGAAAUACAUUGACAAAGAACAAGCGACAUAGAGAAGCCAGAGAUCUGCGAGUGAUUCAAACACUUGUUCUAGUGGUAGUCUUAUUUCUGUUAAUGUGGUCGCCUAUAUUUAUAGUAUUUGUGUUAAUACAAUUGGACGGAAUGGAAGAUAAAAUGAAAAUGUCAUCUCAAAUGUUUAUAGCAACUUUAGCCAUAGCCGUUUGUAAUGGGUGUCUUAACCCAUUUGUAUAUGGAAUUCGUAACUAUCGGAUUAAACGAUCUGUUUUAAGAUGUCUAUUGUGUCGAAAGAGACAAAGAAGAAUAAAACAAGACAACGAACCCAACCAUAACCAGUCUGUAUAUGCAAUGAGUUUUACUCAAAACUCAAGUUCCGUUUACUAGUUUGUUAGUUAUUGUUCCUUUGUAAAUUUACAUAAUAGCAUAAUAUACUGUUAUCGCAUUAGUAAAGAUUAAAAUAGUUUUUUAAAUAAAUUGUAUAGAAGGGUUUUCUUUAUAUUCAUU